CAAUGAACGUGUGCUCGUGGCGUUUUUUCUCCUGCUGCGACCGCAUUGCUGCAAAGUUUACAGCAGAAAGCUAGAAGAGGAGUUUAGAACUUAUUAGCUGCACCCAAGACAAGUUUUUAUUUCACAUCAGUUCGUCUUAAAGGGUAAAACAAACCGAGGUGUGUGUUCUGGAGACGAUAAAGACGCAGGAAACAGCUCAGCUUUCCAUCUGCUGCUGAUUUAAUGGUUUUCUUUUUGUUGUGUGGUGCUGGUCGAGGAGAGGAGAGUUGUUGACACGCGUGGAGCAUGUGCGCUUUGUUGUUUUAGUUUAUAUAUAGAAGUAUUUUAAACAUGCGUCUCCAUGGAGGGAGUGUAAACCAGCCGCAGCUUGUUGCGUAAUUACGCACGGUUUUGGUUUUGGGUGUAAAAAAAACAACCCAAAAUACCACGUUGUGUCCAAAGCAACAUGCCUAUUAGGCGUUUUGGGGGUCACAGGUCACUGGUCUCUCAAUCUCACUCUUAUGCUCCAAAACUGUCCUACGGUUACAAGAAAAUGAAUGUUUCAAAGAGUGGGUACCGUGUUUUCUCUGCCAACUCCACCACCGCCUGCACAGAGCUGGCCAAGAGGAUCACAGAACGCUUGGGUGUGGAGUUGGGCAAGUCGGUGGUUUAUCAAGAGCCAAAUAGAGAGACUCGAGUGGACGUGAAAGAGUCUGUCCGUGGACAAGACGUCUUUAUCAUUCAGACCAUUCCCAGAGAUGUCAACACGGCCAUCAUGGAGCUGCUGGUUAUGGCCUACGCCCUGAAGACGUCCUGCGCCAAGAACAUCAUCGGAGUCAUUCCCUACUUUCCUUACAGCAAGCAGUGCAAGAUGAGAAAGAGAGGAUCCAUUGUCUGCAAGCUGCUUGCAUCCAUGUUAGCUAAAGCUGGGUUAACUCACAUCAUCACCAUGGACCUCCACCAGAAAGAAAUCCAGGGCUUCUUCAGCUUCCCUGUUGACAACCUGAGAGCUUCCCCCUUCCUCAUCCAGUACAUCCAGGAGGAGAUCCCAGACUACAGGAAUGCCAUAAUUGUUGCAAAGUCUCCUUCAGCUGCCAAGAGAGCUCAGUCCUACGCCGAGAGGCUGCGACUCGGGCUGGCAGUGAUGCACGGAGAGGCCCAUCAUUCAGAGCUGGACAUGGUUGACGGACGACAAUCUCCCCCCUUCUCUCCCGUCCCGACCCGCACCACCACAGGACACACCGGCCUGGAGCUGCCAUGCAGCAGACACCAUACUCCGUUCCCUGGGAUAGAGCUCCCAAUGAUGAUGGCGAAGGAGAAGCCACCCAUCACCGUUGUUGGAGACGUAGGAGGCAGAAUCGCCAUCAUCGUUGACGACAUCAUCGAUGACGUGGAGGACUUUGUUGCAGCAGCAGAAAUCCUGAAGGAGAGAGGAGCCUAUAAGAUCUACAUCAUGGCUACACACGGCCUGCUGUCUGCAGACGCACCAAGACUUAUAGAGGAGUCUGCUAUCGACGAGGUGGUGGUGACCAACACUGUUCCUCAUGAGGUGCAGAAGCUUCAAUGUCCAAAAAUCAAAACUGUGGAUGUCAGUAUGAUCCUGGCCGAGGCCAUCCGGCGCAUCCACAACGGAGAGUCCAUGGCUUAUCUGUUCCGCAACAUCGCUGUGGACGACUGAGGCAACAACACACACUUACAUUUACAUUCCUGAACAUACACACACACACCGAUGACCACGAAUCAAGUUUCUGAUAUAACCUGUUGUUUGUUUUGCUGAAUUUGGCUAUAAUCACUGCAUGUGACAUGAAGCAGCUCAAAGUCUGCUUUAUUCCUCUGAUGUGUUACAUGGUGGGACUGUACAAACAAAACAAACUUUCACUUCACUAAUAUAUGCUUCCUACCAUCUAAAAACAAAAAAAUAGCACAACAUACUGUAUCAUGUGCAGCCGCUCUGUACGCUGCAGAAUUUGGCAAAUAAAAAAAUUCUUCUUGGGUGAGUAA